AUGGUUAUGUAUCAGGGCGGUGAGCUACCUGGGCCACAUGUCUUUGCCCACAGACCCUCCGGGUGCACCGACGGAGAGAUGUCUCUUUGCUUCAACAACCACGGAGUCAAUGGCUGUCUCCCUCAAUGUGGAUACAAUGAGACUGUGGACCGUGAACCACAGUAUUUAGUGGCCGGGCAGAUGAAGCUACGGGCAAAGAAGACCCCACCAAAGUUCAUGCUAAAUGUUGGCGAUAACUUCUACUGGGGUGGUAUCCCCAUCUCGUGUGGAGCGCAGCCCAUCGCGGGCGUGCAUUGGACGACGGCCCACAUGUUCGACACCAUCUUUAGGCAGGUCUACAACAGCCCUGAGCUCAACACCGUGGUGUGGCUUUCAGUGCUAGGGAACCAUGACUAUGGUGGCUGGAUGUUCACAUCAGGCUGGGACCAGCAGAUUGCGUUCACCUGGCACGACCAGAGGUGGCGCCUGCCAGCACAGUUCUGGAAGCAGCAUGUCUCACUCCCAGACCAAGAUUUUGGGAUAGACAUCCUGCUGCUGGAUUCGAACUCGGAGGAUGCGGUAGACCCAGCUGCACGACCUACGACGAACAUUUGCGGGGCGCAGCAUAAUCCUCCUGGAGCAAACUGUGCCAGCGUUGGGGGGCCGGCAUCCCUGCAAGAUUGUCCGGUGUACUUCGCCAAGCUGUGGCAGGAGCAGAUGGCGUGGGCUGAGAAGCAACUGAAGGCUUCACGUGCUAGAUGGCAGGUGAUUGUGACCCACUUCCCAUGCGGACAUCAGGCAGGCCGCAUUCUGGCCAGGUUGCUGCAUCAUAUUCUUCAGGACUUGCACAUUGCAAGGCAUGCGUGUUGCAGGGAAGUCUGCUUUUUGUGCUUUGCCUCUGCCAAGUGUGUCCUUGCUUUAAUAUGCAUGUUUCUGAAGAUCACACCUAUGCAAUCGCAAGUAGGCACGAGCGAGAGAGAGCACUAG